AUGCUGGCAAAACUGAUCCUCACACAGGCACUGAUUCCUAUACAUGUCGCAAGAUGUGAGGUUGACUUCACGAACAUCUUUCUGGAUGACCCAAGCUCCUGGGUCCCAUGGGACCCUUCCAGAAAUGCACCUGCCCAGCUGUGGCAAGGAAAUUAUGGCGAUGCCGCCUCUUUGUCUUGCGAAACAACUUUCGACAUACUCUUUGAUUGGAUGGAAUUAAAACGUUCCAUGUCGCUUUGGAUAAGAGCUUCAUUGUUUAGAAAGGAGACCGUUCCGCAGAUCCACUGGGAGAGAAUACGGCCUAUUCAACAUGCCUUGACGAACCUCAUCAGUUUGCAUGAUAUGACGACCUCUCGGGAUUGCAUCUUGGGCAUGAUCGCCGUGCGCUUCUUCUAUUUGCUGAUGCAGCCUGGGGAGUACCGUGACCGCAUGCUCAUCAAGGAGAACAGCCUGGUCACCGAUUGGUUCUACAUGGUGCGGAAGUUCAAAUGGUCUGUGCUCAUCAAAAGUGGUUGGGCUCCAAUCUUCUUUGGGACAUGGGGCCUCCUCUCUACGGACAUGAUGGUGCGCCACAAAGCCAAGGUCUGGACCGACUGUGCCGAGCUGCCGCAUCUUGGUCGAAUCCGGACGUUUGAAGAAAUACAGAACAACUCUGACGUUGACGAUGCUGAAGAGUACUGGCAGCGGUUGCUCACUGUGUUUGACCACACUCGGGAGGAUAUGGUGUAUUCUUGCCCUAUGGCCUACACUUACGUGGCAUCGCUUCUGGCACUCUCACAGGCAUUUGAAGACCCGAUUGACACCGGGCUUACGUCCCACUUCGUGGACAUCUCCCAGACCUUGCUUAGGCGCUACCACGAGCAGAACAAUUUCACCCUGAUGAACACCCUGUUGUCAUCGUGGGAGUUCCUUCAGAUCAACGCGCAGAUUGCCAUGAAACUCGACGAGCAGAAUGGCAAUUUUUCGAUUCGGGGCUCCUGCGGCCUUCUGUGGUGCGAAGAAGACCUCACGCCCAAUCCCAGAACCUGCAAGUGCGAGAUCGUUUUCACACAAAACUUUGAGAACUCCACGUUUUGCAUUUUCGUGGUGGACAACCGACGAAGGUCGUCCCUGCGGAACAUCACCUCCAUCCUGAGUGCCAGGUACUGGACCUUGUCCUUUGGCAUCAACCGCGCAUAUGCACAGGAGCAUGGCUACGAGAUUGAUUACGUCCAGCCUGAUCCUGCUUUACAUUACCCAGGCAGAAAAAUUGGCUGGGCCAAAGUCAAGGUCGUCCAUGACAUGCUUCGUGAACGUGGACCUGAACGCUGCGCUUAUGGUGUUUCCAUCGAUUCGGAUGCUUUCAUCCGGACCUCGGAACCGUUGUCAGCCAUUGUGACCGACUAUGCCUUGAACGAAGACCAGCAGAUCCUUUUUUCAGAGGAGUAUCACUCCGAAGAGGGCUCACGAGUAGGCAAGGAGGACUACAUCAAUGGCGGUUUCUUCAUUGUGAAAAACUCUCCAGAAGGAUUGCAAAUUUUACAAGACUGGUACAACGUCCCAGAGAAGUACGAGGACAUGGCACACUUGAAGAAAGAGAACCCCCAAGGUUUGAACUACUGCUGGGAUGUAAAGAUGCAGCCCAAGUAUGGACAUGUGACUGUGCUGGCUAGCUCUCAACUCUUCACUGCGCCAUUUGGCUUGGUGGUGAGACACAACUGGUUCAAGGACCUUCGCUUUGAGCAGGAAAUGAAAGAUAUCUUGCUACAACGACUGCAGAAAAGAUACGGCUGCAUCGUGUGUCAGAAUGUCUACGAUUGGGACGAGUUCAACAACACGGAUGUGGGCUUGUGA